AAUCCAGAACGCUUUCAUACACAUCGAAAGAAAAAAGAAACAAUAACAACUAAACAAGCACCAUAAAUUUUUUAAAACCUCUCUUCUUUCUUCUCCAUCGCUGCCGGAGAAUGAACAUUCCGGCGACCCUAACUUCCCCGUCGAUGAAUAAUGCUCGUCUCUCCGACCACCGUCGCCACGUCUUCCACGAAAACACUCACCUCCAAAAAACCUUCACUCCCUUAGCCUAGAAGAAAAAAAAAAAACCGUACAUAACUACGUAUAAUCCCCUCUUUAAUUCUUUUUUUCUUUUUCCUUUUUUUUUAACCUUUCCUCUCUUAAGAACACGCCGAAUCCGUUAUUCUUGACUGGUGUAGGAAGUAGGAACGAUGAUUAUGUGUUGACUAGGGUUUUCCCGUUUUUGAGAACAAAAAAAAUUAGAAGCUCUGAAGAAAAAAAGCAUGGCUCCGAUGAAGGUUCAGCCAAUUGCAAUUGACAUCGAUUCCGAGAAGGUGAAGGCGACCACGGCGGCGGUGGUGGUCCGGAACGAGUCGGUGCUGAAGUCGCGCCUGAGAAGGUUGUUCGUCUUUGACCGCCAGUUACCGAAAAACAACAACAAAGAUGCCGCAGAAUUCGAACCGAGCUCGUUGUGCUUGGCGAAAAUGGUGCAGAAUUUCAUGGAGGAGCAGCCACCGGCGCCACCGAAAUGCGGCCGCAACCGCUGCAACUGCUUCAACGCCAAUAGCUCCGACGAGGACGAUUUCGACCUCUUCGGAGCCGCACCGGCACCGGAAUCCUCCAACGCCGACGCCACCGAAUCACUCAAGAGCUUGAUCCCCUGCGCGAGUGUCGGCGAGCGGAACCUGCUAGCUGAGGUGGCGAGGAUCGUUGAGAAAAACGGCAAGUCGAUUAAGCGAAAAGACGAUUUGAGGAAGGUCGUUGCGGAAGCGCUUUCCUCUCUCGGUUACGAUUCUUCUAUAUGCAAAUCGAAGUGGGAGAAAACUUCCUCUUGUCCUGCUGGUGAGUAUGAAUUCAUCGAUGCGAUUGUGGAAGGAGAAAGGCUGAUUGUGGAUGUGGAUUUUAGAUCUGAGUUUGAGAUAGCGCGAUCGACGGGAACGUACAAGGCGAUGCUGCAAUCGCUGCCGUUCAUCUUCGUCGGAAACUCGGAGAGGCUGACGCAGAUCUUGGCGAUUGUUUCCGAUGCGGCGAAGCAGAGUCUAAAGAAGAAAGGGAUGCACGUUCCGCCGUGGAGGAAGCGCGAUUACAUGCUUGCGAAGUGGCUCUCUCCAUCUAGCAUUAGGGAGAAGGAGAACAAGCAACCCCCGUCCUCUUCCGUGCAAGCCGCCGCCGUGCCGGAAAUGGUGUUUUCUGAUAACGCGGCGUCAACGACGACGGAGAGCGAUUGCGGUGAGUUGGAGCUGAUUUUCGGCGGGGAAAUGUCGCCGGAGACUGAGUGCGGCCAGGUAAAGUCGGCGACGACGCCGGCGGUGAAGCCGAAGAGUGUUGAGAGAGGGACUAAGGUUGUGACCGGAUUAGCCUCUCUUCUCAAGGACAAACCAUAGAACAAAAAAAAUUGUUUUUUUUUAAUUCUGGAUUUUUAAAAAAUUAAAAUAUAAAGAGAAAAUAUCGGAUGAGGCUCUCCUUUUUUUUUCUUUUUUUUUCCCUUAUUAAGUAUUUUUGUUUUCCCUUCUUUUGUUCGCAAGGGGAAAUUUGUAAGAAGUAACUUUUUUCUUUCUUUUUUUUAAUUUUUGGUUCACACCAAUUGUAAGAAGCUGCUAUAUGUUUUGUAAUGAAAUAAAAAUAGCUGAAAUUGAGAAAAAUCUAAAGUUGAGAGAAAAA